CGAGCUCCCUGGUAAGGUUCUCUCCGCAGAGCUCUUGGCCGCCCAGGCUGAUCAAGGAUGUUCAUUUCCCCGUCUGACCGCCCCUCCCCUUUGUGUGUGAGGCCGCCCUCCCAUUAUCUCUCCCGAGGCCCGGGCACCUCUUUGUCGCCUCCAAAUUUACUGAUCCCUCCUUGCCGCGCGGGUCCCGGCCCUGGGAAAAACCCGGACCCUCAGAAUAGUCGGGGAGGCCCUGUUGUCAAGUCGCCAGCAUGGACACCUCAGGGAUAGGGAUAGACAUCGUGAGCUAAGGCUCUCGGCUUAUUUCUUCCCAACUAGCCAAUUCUCUGGGAGAUAAAAUUUUCAUCACCCCCGUGGACUGAGCAUCCCCCCCACUUUCAUACUCGUUCCCCUAAUUGGUAUUCUGCUCUUAUCCUACUGCGUGAGUUUUAUGUGAGUGUUGAGUUGAUCUGCGCAGCCAGAGCCAUCUCAUGGAUGAACCAUGUCUUCUGCCGCCUUUGGGUACUACCUGUUGUGCCAGGCGCACACUCCUGCAUAAAAGAAGAUGCCGUUCGAAUUCUCCCUGAAGCCCCAGGAUGGACUUUCUGGUUCUCUUCCUGUUCUACCUGGCUUUGAUGCUGAUUGGUGUUGUUAUGAUAUGCAUCUGCCCAGAAAUGCAUUAUGUGACAGGUCUGGUCAGGGGAAGAACACAGAUAUUCUCCUGUAUAAUUUCAGAAUGCCUUCAGCAAGCCAUACUAGGACUGCUUCAUUAUCUCUUCCAUACACGAAACUAUAUCUUCAUUAUCUUGCACCUCAUCUUGCAAGGGGCGAUUUAUACUGAAUACACCUGGGAAAUAUUUGGCUACUGUCAAGAGCUGGAGUUCUCCUUAUGUUAUCUUAUUCUGCCCUAUCUGCUUCUGAUUAUAAACCUGAUCUUUUUCACAUUAACUUGUGUCAGCAACCCUGGAACCAUAACAAAGGCAAAUGAAUUACUGUUUCUUAAAGUAUAUGAAUUUGAUGAAGUGAUGUUCCCAAUGAACAGGAGCUGCCCCACUUGUGAUUUAAGGAAACCCGCGCGAUCCAAGCACUGCAGCGUCUGUAACCGCUGUGUACACCGUUUUGACCAUCACUGCAUUUGGGUGAACAACUGCAUUGGAGCCUGGAAUGUGAAGUAUUUCUUUCUAUACCUCUUGACAUUGACGGCCUCAGCUGCCUCCAUGGCCGUCGUGAGCACUGUGUUUCUGGUCCAGUUGGUGGUGUUGUCUGACAUGUACUCGAAGACUUACAUCGAUGACCUGGGGCACUCCCAAGUUAUUGACACCGUCUUUCUUAUUCAGUACCUGUUCCUGACCUUCCCAAGGAUUGUCUUCAUGUUGGGCUUUGUUGUGGUGCUCAGCUUCCUCCUGGGGGGCUACCUGUGCUUCUCUCUGUACCUGGCUGCCACCAACCAGACCACUAAUGAGUGGCACAAGGCUCGGGCCUACUGCCAACCUUGCCACCCUGCAUCCCGACCUCCAUCAGCAAAGUCACAUGUCUACCAGAACAUUUACUCCCGUAGACUUUGGAGCAACCUUGGAGAGAUCUUUCUACCUGCUGCAGCACAUUAUGACAGGAAGAAGAAAUAAGAAUGGAAAGAGUAUUACUGCCUUUUAAAUAUUGUAUACAGUUAUUUAUACAUACGGAUAUUUUUUAAGAAUUUGUUUUAUUAAGUUUUGUC